CGCGGGGCCGCGGGCGGGCGGGUCCCGCCGCGAUCCCGGUUCGAGCCCGGCCCGGCCCGGCCCGGCCCGGCCGCGAUGAACGAGGCGGUGUCGCGGCAAACGCGGGAGACCCUGGGGCAGGUGAUCCGCAAGCCGCCGCUCACCGACGCGCUGCUGAGCAAGCCGCCCUUCCGCUACCUGCACGACCUGAUCACUGAGGUGAUCAGAGUGACAGGUUUUCUGAGAGGACUUUACACAGAUUUCGAGCUGAAGUCAGACAAUGUCAAGGAUAAGGAUUCCAAAAUCAACUUCCUUCAGAAGGCCAUUGAUGCUGUUGUGAUGGUGACAGGAGAGCCACUGUCAGUGAAACCAGCACGAGUUGUGGCUGGACACGAGCCUGAGAAAACCAAUGAAUUCCUGCAGGCAAUUGGGAAGUGCUGCUUGAACAAGCUGUCCAGUGAUGCUGCUGUAAAAAGGGUCUUGGCUGGGGAAAAAGCUGAUGCUAAAGGGAAACCUCCACCCUCUAAACCUCGACAUAAAGAAAGCAGAGAGCCCAAAGCAGAAGAACAAAAAAGCCAUAAGGAUAAAGAGGUAAGCAGGAAAGACAGUGAAAUUAAAGACAGAAGCCCCAGCAGAGACAGAAAACCCAAAGGAGAUUUGAAAGAGAGUAGAGAAAGAGAAAAGGAGAGGGAUAAACAGAAGAAUAAUGAAGAGAGGCCCAAAGAACCUGAAAGAGACACCUCAAAGGAAGGAGAAAAACAAGAGAGGGAAGGAGGCAAAAGCAGAACGACCAAGCAAGGAAGAGAAACAGAAAAAUCCAGAGGAAAAGGAGACCCAGAGCGAGGAGAGGACCUCAGGCAUGAUAAAGGACAGGAAAGAGAGAAAAGACAUGAAGGAGGAAGAGAAAAGGACAGGCUGAAAGGAAGAGACAAAGACAAGGCCAGGGACAGAGAAGUAGAGAAAGACAGAGAGAGAAGAAAUCGAGACAGGGAAAAAGAUGGGGAGCACCUCAGGGAACAUGGGAAGGAGAAAGCAGAGAAAAAGCCCUCAGAUUCUGAAGAAUCCUUGCAUAGAAAACCACAGAGGCCAACUAAAGACAGCAAGUGCCAGCCAGACACUGAGAAUGAAACUCCUGCAAGGAUAUCAAAGCAGCCUUCAGUAAAAGCAUCAAGGCAUCCCUCCAAGCCUGGAGGAGAAGGAGCUGUGGACACAAGGAGUGGGGCAGAUGGGAUUUCAGAGGAUGGUGCUGCUGAGCUGCAGGAGAAAAAUGAACCAGACCUUGCAGAAAAACAGAAGGAAAGAGAAGUGGAGAAUGCAGCUCCUGACAAGCCUGAAAAUGGGGAAGCACCUCCUGAUGUCCCACCUCGGCCUGCCCAAAGACGGAUUCCCCGUCCUGGCAGCGCGAGGCCGGCACCCCCACGAGUGAAACAUCAGGAGAGCACCGAGCUCCUAACCCCAGAAAGGAGCGGCAGCGCUAAAGCAGCCCCGAGCAUGCUCAGGGAGCAGCAGGUUUCUGAUGAGGAGGAUGAGCAGUUUGUGGUGGAGACAGCAGGGCCCCUGCCAGACAUGCCAAAGGAGCCAGAAGUGGAGCUGGUUGAGGAUCAAAAGCAUGGUGGGCUGGUGAAAAGAAUCCUAGAAACAAAGAAGGAUUAUGAGGCAUCACAGAAAUCAUCACAGACCACAGACAGGAUUUCUCAGGUGGCUGCCCCCUGGUCCACAUUGUGUUCUGCUCCCACUGAGGUAAUGGGAAAAGCAGCCUUUUUCCAGGAAUCCAAAGCAAACAUUUCUCUUGGUGCCUCAUGAAAAACACGAAGGAAAGGAAACGCGUUGGGCCUACAGAAGUGAUCCAGCCUUUUACACGGGGAUAAUUUAUUGAUUCUGGGGCUGGGAAAGGGGAGUUGCUUGGGGUGUAGGGCCUGAUGAAAAAGCCUGGAACAAUUUGGGUUCUGGCUGAAAAUCUCCCUUUCCACGUUUGUGCAGAGUGAGCAGAGGUGGCACUCGGGGCUCGUACCACCCACGUACCACCCACGGCGCCGGCUGGGGGAAACCUCCAGAGAUUUUAACCCCUAGCUGCAACUGUGGAGCUGGGAACAGCCUUAAUGCUUUUCUCUCCCCUUAAUUAUCUGCAGUCGGCAUGAGUUGGCAAAGCUUGAGAGUGUCCCAGUGACAAUUCUGAGCCUUGAGCUGCAGGAUGUGGAAUCGUGGCUGUCCCGUCCCUGGAAUGUCCCAGGACAGCUUGGAUGGGCCUGGAGCAACCUGGGAUAGUGGAAGGUGUCCCUGCCCAUGAACUGGCUUGGAACUGGAUGGGCUUUGAGGUUCCUUCCCACCCAAACCACUCUGGGAUUCUGGGAUCAUUAGCACAGGUGUCAGUGAGACAAAGAAAGAAUGGAUGGUGAUUUUCACAGGUUGAGCUGCUGUGCCUUCUGCUUGGGAAGUCUUUCUUGGGAGGAAAUUUUUCUUGAAACUUGGGUGUUCUUACACCACUUCAAUAUCAUGUGUGUUUCAAAGACACUAAUUUUAAUUUUUUUUUUAUUUUUAAGCAAGCCUGUUGAUGAAGCUGUAUGAAUAGUAUUUACUAGAAUUUUAUUUCAAAUCGUAUUUUUUAGUGGUGUUAUGUUUCAGUUCCUGCAGUGCCAGUUGGCCUUGUUGAUCCUAAAGCUCCUCUCCAACCGUGACAAUCCUGUAAUUCCAUGAGUGACUUUGGAUGGGAUAUUUUCUCCUUUGAAUCUCACUUUUGAACUAUUCAACAGCACAGAGAACAUGCUGGAGUUACAGGGACACUGGAAUUAAUUUUCAGUAUUUACUAAUGUACUUUAAGGAACUGAUCAAUGAAAAAUAUUCCAAAUUUUUUUGUUACACUUGAGCUUUUCAAGCAGCUGUGUAUUUCAGCCUGGAAUAUUUCAAAUUGUGAGCUGGACCUGUGUUACAGACCUGUGUAGAUCUGUAUAUAGAUUUAUUCUGUAUCAAAGCAUACAAUUCUGGCUUGCUUCUUUACUGAGUUGUGGGAUUUUCUAUUUCAUUUUUUAUUUUGAUCCUACACUUUCCUGUGGAAGGAAGUGUGGCUGUUUGGUCUGUCUAGGUAUCAGAGAGGUCAUGCCAAGGAUGAGAAAGAGAUUCACAGAAUCAUUUGGGUUGGAAAAGGUCUCCAAGACCUUUGAAUCCAACCUGGGCCUGAUGCCCACCUUGUCACCAGCCCAGGGCACUGAGUGCCACAUCCAAGUUUUCCUUGGACACCUCCAGGGAUGGGGACUCCUGACUGCCCUGGGCAGCUCAUUCCAAUCCCUGACCCUUUCCAUGGAGAAAUUCCUGGUGUGCCCACCCUGAGCCUGCCCUGGCCCAGCCUGAGGCCGUUCCCUCUCCUCCUGUCCCUGUUCCCUGGAGCACAGCCUGACCCCCCAGCUGUCCCCUCCUGGCAGGAGCUGUGCAGAGCCACAAGGUCCCCCCUGAGCCUCCUUUGCUCCAGGCUGAGCCCCUUCCCAGCUCCCUCAGCCCCUCCUGGGGCUCCAUUCCCUGCCCUGGACACUCUCCAGCCCCUCAGGGUCCCUCUGGCUGUGAGUGCCCAGGGCUGGACACAGCCCCUCAGCAGGGCCAGCCCUGGGGACAGUCCCUGCCCUGGGGACAGUCCCUGCCCUGGGGACAAUCCCUGCCCUGGGGCUGUCACUCCAGGGCUGGCACAGCCUGGGGGCCAUCAGCCUCGUGUCCAGCGCUGUCACCAACACUGCCAGGGCCUUUUCCAGCUUCCCAGCUGCUCUUCCCUGAGCCUGCAGUGUCCCCUGGGGUCACAAGGAGCCCUUGGCCUCGCUGACCCUGGGCCCGUGGAUCCCUCUGCAGAGCCUUCCUGCCCCCAGCAGAUCCACAUCCCACCAACUCUGUGUCUGCAGCUUCCUGGGGGUGCCCUCCAUCCCCUCAGCCAGAUCCCUGAAAAAGAUAAAAACAUUAAAUAGAUCUGGGCCCAGUGCUGAGCCCUGGGGAGCCCCACUGGUGACCAGUCCCAGCUGGACAGGGCUCCAUUCCCCACUCCUGUCUGGGCCAGGCCAUUAGCCAGGUUUUAUCCCUUGAAGAGUGCACUUAUCCAAAGCAUGGACUGCCAGCUUUUCCAGCAGAAUGCCUUGGGAAACAUUCCAAAACUUGGCAUUUGGAAAAUAGAAAUGAAGCAGGUCUUCACACACCAACUCUCAGAUAAUGGACUGGCUGAGUCCUCUCCCUUCUGAGAGAGCUGGAUGUGAAAUAAAUGCCUUAUUUUUUGGCUGAGCCUUCGGAUAAUGGAUGGCAGGGAGGAGAGUGGUGAGGGUUUGGAGCACUUAGGAAAAACAAGGGAAUGGGAUGUCUUCCUGGGAAGCUACUGGACCUGAUAAAGCUCUGCUGCUGGACUGGAGGUGCUUGUCUGCGUGUGGAAAGUGCAGGGCUGUGGACUGAGCCUUCCCUCUGGCUUUGGAGGAGCACAGAGCAGGAAAA